GCGUCUAUAAGUACGCCACAAUGCGAUCGGAGUCAAACUCAGACGAUCCCCGUUUUGCAAAAAUGACCACAACGCAAACAAGAGUGGACUUCCAGAGCUUCGACAUGUGGCACGACUACAUGAACCUGAACACGCUCCUGGUGGGCGACCGGCGUCCGCUGGAGCUCGGAGACACACAGGAGCCCAGGAAGGAGCCCGUGCAGCAGAUGCGCAGCAUCCAGACUUCACUGGAGUGGAAGAAAUGGAAAAAAUCCUCAGAGAAUGGGUCAGUCAGCAGCAGCAGCAGGAGCAGGAGGAGCAGCAGCAGCAGCAGCAGCAGCAGCAGCAGCAGCAGGACCUCGGAGGACCUUUGCCGCUUCUGCAGGCAGAACGGGGAGUCUCCGGGGGUGUAUCGGUCCCACGCGCUUCGAUCGGACGACGGGAAGGUGACCUGCCCCAUCUUGUGGAGUUACACCUGCCCCAUCUGCGGGGCCAGCGGGGACCACGCUCACACGCGCAGGUACUGUCCGCAGGGGAAAAAGCGGACGGAGGCAGAGAUGGAGCCGCCGGUUUUCAAGUUCUGGUAACUUGACAGA